AUGUUCCAACGAUUGUUUUCUCUCCCUUUCCUUACGGCUCUCGUGAGAGCUAUUGACAUUCAGGUUGCGAGUAGUGGUGGAAAUGCCUCUUCGCCUAUUAUGUACGGUCUCAUGUUUGAGGACAUCAAUCAAUCUGGGGAUGGUGGAAUCUAUGCCGAGUUGAUUCAGAAUCGAGCGUUCCAAGGAAGCACUCCUUUCCCCUCGACGAUUUAUCCGUGGACACCGAUUGGCGAUGCGGCCUUGAGUCUUCAGAAUACAGAUACUCCUCUUUCUUCUAGGCUGCCUACUUCGAUCAAUGUCGCUUCCAAUUCUACUUCUGGCUCGAAAGUUGGACUUGUUAACCCAGGGUGGUGGGGAAUCGAGGUCAAGCCACAAAAGUAUACGGGUAGUUUCUGGGCCCUGGGAUCUUAUACUGGGGAUUUCACGGUCAAGCUCCAAUCUAGUAUCUCGAAUGAGACGUUUGCUAGUCUAGAUAUCCCAUCUCAGACUGUGGCCGAUAAAUGGGUGGAACAUAUUUUCGUCCUCGAACCGACAGUUGCUGCCGAGAACGCGAACAACACUUUCUCUAUCGAGUUCACUUCUGGGAGUGGCUCGGUGAACUUCAAUCUUAUCAGUUUGUUCCCGCCGACUUAUAAGAAUCGGCCGAAUGGUCUUCGGGUGGAUUUGAUGGAGGCAUUGAAGGCUCUUAAUCCCAAGUUCUUGAGAAUGCCAGGAGGGAAUAAUCUGUAAGUCGAUAUAUGGACUGAAGUUUUGGUUUGUGAAUUUGCUGAUGGGUGUCUAGAGAGGGAGAUAUCAGUCAUUACCCGUGGAGAUGGAAUGAUACCAUUGGUCCUCUUACAGAGCGUCCAGGACGUCCAGGAACGUGGUCAUACCAAAACACAGAUGGUCUAGGACUCAUUGAAUAUUUCCACGUAGGUCUCUUCAUCCCCCUUUUUCUUUCACCCAACUAACAUAAAUCCAAGUGGUGCGAAGACCUCGAAAUCGAGCCCCUCCUCGCCGUCUGGGCAGGCAUGUACCUAGGCGACGAAGACGACCACCUCCUCACCGCCGAAGAACUCAAGCCCUGGGUCCAAGACACCAUGAACGAGCUCGAGUUCCUCCUCGGCCCCUCAACCAGCACCUACGGCGCCGUCCGCGCCUCCCUUGGCUACGAAGCACCCUUCCAUCUCAAGUACCUCGAAAUCGGGAACGAGGAUAACCUCCCCAAGAACGGGGCGAGCUCGUACAUGAACUACCGCUUCCCCAUGUACUACGAAGCCAUCUCGGCUGUCUACCCGGAUCUCAUCAUCCUCUCCUCGACGGGGGAUUACACCGCUGUCGGGGGGAGUGGUGCGAAUGCUACGUGGACGGACUUCCAUACGUAUUCUCGGCCGGAUUUGUUGGUUAGCUGGUUUAAUAAGUUUGAUCAUGCGUCUACGGAGCAUAAGACGUUGAUUGGGGAGUAUGCUAUCGUGCAGGAGAAUCUUCCGGGUGCGAAACUGGAGGGUGUCAAUUGGAGUCUUCCAAAAGUCAAGUUUCCAUCCUGGAUUGGCGCGGUGAGUGAGGCGAUUUGGAGUAUUGGUGCCGAGAGGAAUGGGGAUAAGGUUAUGGGGAUGAGUUAUGCGCCGGGGUUACAGAAUAUGAAUAGUUAUCAGUGGAGUGUAUGUUUUUCUCUUUGUUUUCCUCCCUCCCUCUUGCCCGCCCCUUUAUUUUUCGCUUGGGAAGUAGGAUGAGAUAUCCACGAUACACAAGAACCUCACUAACAAAUUCCGUAAAUACAGCCCGAUCUAAUCUCCUUCACGGCCCUCUCCUCCCAAACCACCCUCUCAACCUCCUACCAAAUCAUCUCCCUCUUCGCCCACAACACCCACGAAGCCACCGUCCCCGCUCUCUCCUCCUCCCCCUACGGCCCCGCCUAUUGGGUCGCUGGCACUAAUACCAUCUCCAACUCCACAAAGGAAUUCAUCUUCAAAGCAGCAACCUACAAUACCACCUCACCCAUCCCUUUCAACGUCACCUUCGAGGGUGUAGCGCUUGGGACAACGGGUACACUUACGGUUCUGGGUGCAGAUGGGGGAUGGAGUGCGAAUUUGGUGGGUGGUGAGGAGGUUGUGCAGAGGAGGGAGGGGGUGCUUACCGCUGGGGAGGGGGGGACGUUUGGGUUCGAGAUGGGGGAGUGGGAGGUUGGUGUGCUGAGGGUUUAG